AUGCAGCAAGACCCCAAUCCAAGACCUGCUACUGGGUAUCCAUACCCGUAUCCGCCGCAACAACCCUACGCUUCCGCCAACGGUUAUCCUCCCAACGCCGGAACCGCCUACCCAUACCAAAACCAGAACCCUUACUACGCACCGGAGCCAAAUUCACGCGCCAUCCUACUCCGCCGUCUCUUCAUCGCCUUCCUCGUCCUUCUCCUAAUCUUAGGACUCAUCCUCUUCAUACUCAUGCUUGUUCUCCGUCCCCAGUAUCCCGACGUCUACAUCAACUCUCUCUCCGUCUCCAAUUUCAACGUCUCCAACAAUCAGCUCACCGGAAAAUGGGAUCUGCAGCUCCAAUUUCGAAACCCUAAUUCCAAGAUGUCGCUUCAAUACGACGCCGUCAUCCUCAAUCUGUAUUACGGCGGUAGCUCUCUCUCCGAUACGCGUUUACAGCCGUUCGAUCAAGGGACGAAAGAUCAGACUCCGGUAAACGGUACGCUCUCCGUCGCCGGGACUUACAUCGACGGUAGAUUGGCUAAUUCUAUUGGGCAAGAUAGAGCCGCGAAAGGAAGCAUAGAGUUCGAUUUGAGGAUUUAUUCUUUGGUUACUUUCCGUAAUGGAGUUUAUCGGAGGAGGAGAUACAUCACGAGUUACUGUGAUGACGUGGCGGUUGGUGUUCCGGCGAGUAGGGGUUCAGGGGAUAUGAUUGGUCCGUCAAAGAGAUGCAGAUCUUAUUGA